AUGUACAUUAUCACCGAAGGGGAUUCAACAAAAGCCUUGACGUUCACCGAGAACGGAAAUGUCAAAUUAACUAGGUAUUGGCUCGGUGACGUGAACCAAAUAUGGACUUGUUAUGAGGCGGACGGUUGGCUCUCAUUCGGCCAUACCGCAACAUACGGGUCACCGGUCUACCUAGGUUACAAACCAUGGCCGUUAGAUGCCAACUUAUAUUGCAAUGCCCCAUCCGCACGCUUCAAUGAGCAGUUUGAGGCAAGGAGUCGACCCAAGGGUGGGUUUCAGUUGCGACUGAGGAAUGGGUAUGGAUUAGAACCGCUCAGUUAG